GAACUGUCAAACAUUGUUUUUUGUGUGCGUCAGUGAAUUUGUAUUGAAUUUUCGUAAUUUUAAUUUACUUCUACAAAUUAUAUUGAGGCGAUUGGCGUCGUUUCACAAAGAUGCCGUCGCUGAGGAUCGACCAAAGCGACCUGAAGUGCAAGAAUGGCUGCGACUACUACGGCAACCCCCAGUGGCAGGGCUACUGCUCCAAGUGCCACCGUGAGCAGAUGCAGCGGCAGCGGAGAGCUGAGAAAGCCUCAUCGGCGACUCUGCCGAAACCGGAGCAGAAGAAGCCAGACAGCCGCGGGCUCAAGCUGACCUCGCACUCGUCGUUCUCCAAGUUCGAGGAGAAGCGGCUGCGGCAGAGCGAGACCCUCAAGAAGGCGAAUCUACUCAAGUUCAACAUGUUUAAGAAGAGUAGCGCAGAAGACCACCACGACCAAGAUAAGAAGCAACCCGAGUUCAAGAUCCCGGCGAUGGUGAACGAGGGCAUGAAGCGAGAGUUCCGCGCGCGGUUCCCCUCGCUGGGCGCGCAGCUGUGCCGCGACUGCCGCGUGUUCACACACUCGUUCAUCAUGGACGUCAUCAAGUACGCCAACCUCAUGACCGUCGACGAGCUCUCCGAGAGGGUUCAGCGGCAGUAUCAGCGUUUUAUGAAACACAUGGACACGUCACCGCACUUCGCUAACGUGGAUUCCGACAUGAAGGAGCUGCUCAUAGACUUCGUUGAGAAACACGCCAUGACUUAUUUACAUGAACUCCCGUCAGUGGUAUUCUCACCGCUGGGCACAGACGACGAGCGCCAAGACCGUGUCAUGUCAGAUCGGAUUCAACAACUGAGCUGGGUCGGCGAGAGACAUCUAGAAUGCAAGCUGGACAAGAGCGACGCUCAGUGUAGACAACUGCUGUACAAAGCUAUUAGCGAGUUGCUCGGCAUGGAUAGCGCCAUGAACCCCGGCGGCAAGCUGGCGCGCGUGCGCCGCUGCUGCCGGCACGUGCUGGCGCUGUGCAGCGCGGCUCCCGCCUCCGCCGACGACCUGCUGCCUGCGCUUAUAUUUACUGUGCUCAAGGCCAACCCACCUCGCUUGGUGAGCAAUAUCAACUUCGUGACGCGGUUCUGCAACGCCCAGCGGCUGAUGACGGGCGAGGGAGGGUACUACUUUACUAAUUUGUGCUGUGCGGUGUCGUUUAUAGAAAACCUGACGGCGGAUUCCCUAAACAUGGACAGGAAGGAGUUCGAUUGCUACAUGGCGAUGCCUGCGUCUAUCGGUGGCAGUUCCUGGGCAUGCGCGUUGUCGCUGUGCGGCGCGGCGCGGGAGGCGGAGGAGCAGCGUGCUCUGACGCAGCGGCUGCUCAAGGAGGCCGACGACGUGCGGGCCCGCGCGGACAAGCUCGCCGCUGAUGCACAUGUCUUUGAGGAACAAAUAGCCAAAAAAGUUCAGGACGUGCUCGCUAAAACGCCGCUAGAAAUAACGCCUCGGCGGGAACUGCCUCGGUUCGGCAAGUUCAAGAAUACCACUCCGCUCAUCGACUUGGACGUCAAACCCGAAGAAUCGAAACCACCAGCUGAAGAACCGGAAGACAAGCAACUAGCAGAUACAGAACCAGUUCCCGAUAGCCCAAAACCAGAACUAAAACAGGACCAUGUUAUCCAACCAGUCCAAAUCCAAACCGAAGAACCAGAGGAAAAACUCACAAUUCUCGGCUUCGAAGCCAUCGAAAAACCUUCCCCACCAAAGUCCCCCCAACACGAACAAUGGGACUUAAAACAAACCAGUUCUUUAGAACUCCUCACUCCUUCCCCUUUAGGCUUCACGCCUUUUGACUCCAGAUCCAUCGACGAACUUAUGACCCCUGACGAAUUUGGCAGCGAACAUUUAGCUCCGGGAUUGAGCAAUAUAAACUACGACAUCGACCUAUCAGACUUUAGUGGCGACAACAGCAUAGCAGAGGACGCUCCUAAAGAACCCAAAGACCCUUUCAGCCCGGAAGGCAUAAAGAAAGACUUCGAUCCGUUCGCGCCGCAUUCGUCGCGAGGUAACUUCAGCACGGUUCUGGAUUCCUUUGACGAAUUCAGUCUAGUAGACCCGAAGAGUAACGAAUCGACAGACGCUUUCGAAGUCAUACACCACGAUCCAUUCAGUCCCAUAAAACCGCAUCAGGCUGGGAAGGAUCCGUUUACUCCAGAAAAGAAACCUGCGUCCCAUCUUCCCCUAGGGUCGAAGGACCCUUUUAGUCCAAUGGGAGUCAAAUUGUCAGUUAAAGGCAAGGAUCCAGAAAAGCAAGAUGGGUUUUCAGGAAUCCGAGUGAAUAUAGAGCCUAAAAAUAAAGACCCAUUUAGUCCAAAGGCCGAAGCGGUAUCGAUUUUAGACGAUAAUGACUCACCAACCUCUGCAUGUCUCCUCCCUUCGCCUUUGCAACCACAAAACAGCAAACAAACAUAAAUCUUGAGUAGUUUUAUUUAGGUAUUUUAUUUCAAUGGAGAUCAGUCAUUUUUGCGGUGUUAAGUAAAGUUGUGUGUAAUAUAAUUCAUGUUUAUUCUAGUUUUAUGUUAUUGGGUUUUAAACUCUGUCAUCCUUAAUGUAAU